AUGGAGUACCAGGGGCAGCACGGGCACGAGACCAACAAGGUGGAGGAGUACGGACAGCCGGUGGCCGGGCACGGUGGCGUCACCGGCGGACCCACGGGAACACACGGCGCCGCCGCUGCUGCGGGUACCGGCGGCGGGCAGCAGCUCCAGCCGAUGAAGGACGACCACAAGACCGACGGCGUGCUGCGCCGCUCCGGCAGCUCCAGCUCCAGCUCGUCUGAGGACGACGGCGAGGGCGGGAGGAGGAAGAAGGGGAUGAAGGAGAAGAUCAAGGAGAAGCUCCCCGGAGGAGGCCACAAGGACGCCGCCGCCGAGCAGCAUCAGACGGCGGCGACCACCGGCGCACACGGCACCGGUGCGGAGGCCACCGGUGAGAAGAAGGGCGUCAUGGAGAAGAUCAAGGAGAAGCUUCCCGGCGGGCAGCACUGA